AUGGCCAACUAUUACGAAGUGCUGGGGGUGCAGGCGAGCGCCUCCCCAGAGGACAUCAAGAAGGCCUACCGCAAGCUGGCCUUGCGCUGGCACCCGGACAAGAACCCCGACAACAAGGAGGAGGCUGAGAAGAAGUUCAAGCAGGUGUCCGAGGCCUACGAGGUGCUGUCUGACUCCAAGAAGCGCUCCGUGUACGACCGAGCGGGCUGCAACAGCUGGCGGGCCGGUGGCGGGGCCAGCACCCCCCACAGCAGCCCCUUCGACACCGGCUACACCUUCCGUAACCCCGAGGACAUCUUCCGCGAGUUUUUCGGCGGCCUGGACCCCUUCUCGUUCGACUUCUGGGACACCCCUUUCAACAGCAACCGCGCUGGCCAGGGCCACGGACUGAGGGGGGCCUUCUCGGCCGGCUUCGGCGAGUUCCCGGCCUUCAUGGAAGCCUUCUCGUCCUUCGACGCCCUGAGCCGGGGUGGUGGUGCCAGCCACACCACCUUCUCAUCCACCUCCUUCGGGGGCUCCGGCAGCUCGGGGUUCAAGUCGGUGAUGUCGUCUACCGAGCUGAUCAACGGACACAAGGUCACCACCAAGCGCAUCAUGGAGAACGGGCAGGAGCGCGUGGAGGUGGAGGAGGACGGGCGGCUCAGAUCCGUGACCAUCAAUGGCAAGGAGCAGCUCAAGCAGGUGGACAAGUGA